CUGUGCGGAUAUGUUGCCAUGCUAGAUAAUUAUGUAACGUUACACAAAUGCUCGACACACUCAUUACCACUUUCAUGGUUAAUUUAGACAGUUAUCAAUUUGAACUCCCGACCCUGUUGGGAUAAAAAAACAGACCACGCAAAGCAAUCACUCUUAUCAACCAAGUACUAUGAUAGUUCAACAGCAAACGUACUAGGCGUUGACUCCUAACUUACCAAAAUGAGCACAAAAGAGCCGUUCUGUUUGCGAUGGGGGAUUAUGGCCACAGGAAAAAUAGCAUACACUUUUGUAAAGGAUCUUCUAACUAACACCGAGACACGCGGUACCUUGGAUGUUUGCCAUAUAGUGGCGGCAGUGUCAUCGGCUUCCUCGUCAGAGAAGACACAAGCCUUCAUUAAUAGCCUCAAUCUGUCUUGCACAGGCUACAACUCUUACGAUCAGCUUGUGGCGGACAGUAAUGUCGAUGCUAUUUAUAUAGCUACUCCUCAUUCACAUCAUUUUCAACAUGUCAUGAUGGCGCUCCAGGCUGACAAGCACGUUUUGUGUGAAAAGCCGGUGACCGUAAAUGCUCACCAAGCUCGAAUUUUAUGUGAAGAAGCUAAAAAAAGAAACCUUUUCCUAAUGGAGGCCAUGUGGACGAGAUAUCUGCCUCUGAGUAUUGAGGUCUUGGAGACAAUUCGUCAGGGAAGAAUUGGCGAGGUUCUGCGAGUAACAGCCGAUACAAGCUUCGGCGACGAAGUAGAAAAGACAUGGGGCACAGAACAUCGGAUGCUGAAUAAGAAUUUGGCUGGGGGUGCAUUACUUGAUUUGGGGAUUUAUAGUCUCACCUGGGUGUUCCAAUGCCUGUAUCAUACACUCCCGGAGUCGCAACGCCAACCUCCAUGCAUGGUCUCUGCCCAGAUGACUUUGAACUAUCUCACCGGAGCAGACGAAGCUACUUCCAUCCUAGUCACGUUUCCAACAACCACGCCAGAUAACAUCCCAGAAUGGAAGUCGCAAGCAAUCGCCACCACCAAUCUUCGUGUCUCAACAGACCCAGACGGCAGAGGCACUUCCGGACCGGCAAUUCGCAUUCAAGGUACAAAAGGCGAGAUUCAAGUCGAUGGGCCGUCAUUUCGGCCAGAACGGUACCGGGUCAUCCAGUGCCGCAAUGAGAAUAACCCAACAGAAGAGCAUGUUCGAGAAUAUGAACAUCAUAUACCAGAUGGUCAUAGGGGUAUGUACUGGGAAGCCGACGAAGUAGCACGGUGUGUGCGGGAUGGAAAGCUUUUCAGCGAUACAUUGCCGUGGAAUGAGAUGAUAGUUAUUAUGGAGUUGAUGGAUGAAGCUCGUCGGCAAGGAGGGUUGGUAUAUCCCAAAUCAAUCGAAGACACUCACUAUUAGCUCUUAUAGCUUUUUUUCUGACCCUUUUACCACUGUUCAUCAAAGCUUGACAUAUUAAUUGAUCCUGAAGAUAUGUAGUAGACUAUUCCUAGGCCGACAAUAUGGCAGGGAUGACAAUGCAUCAGAGCAAUACUAAAAAAGCAUCUGCGAUUGCCGCAUGCCCCUGGAACCAAUUUCUGGAAGUGGAUAGCGUGAAUGACCUCGGAUGUUAGCAUUGUAAUCAGGCAACGAAGGCUAUUUGGGAAGACAAACUGCUAGUACUAAGCACUAAAACUAAACUGCAUUCACUCCUG